UAUUGAAAUGCAUUUUAUUUUAUGUUUUUAUUGUUUAAAGUGGGGUCUACUCAAAAUUUUCUACGGCUCAGAUCGGACACCGCACACACAAAUUUUUUGUUUCCUCGCUUUAUAUACCACCCAAGCUAUGCCAUGCUUAUUACCUUUAACCCUAGCCUCCUCCACCUCCCCUCUGCCAUGGCCUCUCGUCUUUUUGUCCUCCCCUUCCUCCUCUUCCUCCUCCUCUCCAUAACCACCGCUUCUCCUCCCAACCAAAAGAAGCUCAGAGAAAAGCAAAGCCACCUCCACUUCUACUUCCACGACAUCCUCAGCGGCCGCAACGCCACCGCGGUUCGAGUCGGCAAGGCCGCCCCUCCUCUCUCCGCCUUCGGCAUGAUAACCAUAAUUGACGACCCGCUAACCGAGGGUCCAGACCGGAAUUCCAAGCCCGUGGGCCGAGCCCAAGGCCUGUACGCGGCGACGGCGCAGGAGGAGGUGGGCCUCCUCAUGACCAUGAACCUGGCCUUCACGACGGGAAAGUACAACGGCAGCGUUCUCUCUGUACUGGGCCGCAACCAGCCGCUCCACCCGGUGAGAGAAAUGCCCGUCGUCGGCGGCAGCGGUCUGUUCCGGUUCGCGAGGGGGUAUGUGCUGGCACGCACUCAUUGGCUUGAUCUCACCACCGGCGAUGCCACCGUGGAGUAUGAUGUCCACGUCAUGCAUUAUUGAGUGUUCCUGUCCUUGUGCUCUUUGCUAUAUUUUUGACGCUUUAAAGUGAAACUUUACUUAUUAGCUUUUGGAUUUUUCA